AUGCAUCUCCGCCUCCAGCGACGCCGCCGAAAUGAAGUGCGUGCGAGCCAGGCUAACCGCAGCUCGGUCAAGGAGAUCCAGCGCAUCAAUGAGCACUCGGCCUACGUGUUCGUGGGCGGCCUCCCGUACGAUCUCACCGAGGGCGACGUGAUCACGAUCUUUUCGCAGUACGGCGAGGUGGUCAACAUCCACUUGCCCAAGAGGCGAGCGGAACCGGCACGCGAUGGACGCCAGCCACGGCAGGCACCCGCGCCGAGCGGCCACAACCGCGGCUUUGGCUUCCUCAUGUACGAGGACCAGCGGUCGACCGUGCUCGCCGUGGACAACCUAAAUGGCACCAAGGUGCUGGGGCGCACGCUGCGUGUGGACCACGUCGCCCACUUUGAGCAGGAGCGGAUCCGCGAUGCAGACGGCAAUCUCGUGGAGGCCAAGGAGCAAAUGCUCAAUUGUGCGCCGCCAGAGAUCGUCUUGGACGAGGAGCCGGGCGAUGACGCGGACCUAGAGGACCCUAUGGCGGCCUACCUGGCGGACAAGGCACGGAAAAAGCGGCGAACAGGCCGCGAGCACCGCGACAGGUCCCACCGGCCACGGACGCACGACAGCGAGCGGGAACGCAGUGACCGGGAGCGCCGGGAGCGCCACCACAGUCGCCACAGCGACCGGCAUAGCGACCGACACAGUCGCCGCCACGCCGACCGGCACAGCCAUCACCAUACCGACCGCCACGCCGACCGACCGAGCCAGGACGCUGCGCGGGAGCCGGCGCCCAACGAUCGGGCGAGAUCCGUGACGCCCACGAUGGACCGUAGCGCGCCGAUCGGUACACCAUAG